UCGGAUGUUAUCUUAUUCGCCAUGCUUCCUAAAUCGUUACUUGCCGGUUUACUGAUCGUUGCGUUGCUAUGGGACAUAAGUCCUACAGACUCGGCCCGGAUAUUGGGCAUUUUUCCAACUCCGUCUAAAUCACAUUGGAUACUGGGUUCAGCUUUGCUUAAGGAACUUGCUCUUGAAGGUCAUGAGGUCACAGAUGUCAGUCCAUUUAAACUUUCCAAACCUGUACAAAAUUACCGACACAUAGAAGUUGAAUCAGACCCACAGUUUUUCAAUGCUCUCAUAGAAAUCGCCUUCCAACAGCACGAUGUGAACCCUGUAUCAAAAAUGAUCGAAAUGUACUCGGUGAUCAACUAUUUCACCAAUUCAACCUUCAGUUCAACUGGUGUACGGGAACUGCUGAAAUCGGAUGAAAAAUUUGAUCUUCUCAUUAUGGAAGUGUUCCUGGAUCACGCUUUGCUCGGAUUCGCAGAUCACUUCGACUGUCCAGUGAUAGGAUUAACCACCCAUGGAACGCUUGGCUGGAUGAACGAGCUAGUUGGAACUCCUCAACCACUUUCGUAUGUUCCGCAUGUUCACAUUGGGUUCACCGAUCGGAUGAACUUUUGGCAACGUACUGCUAAUGUUCUGUUUACGGCUGCGGAAAAUGUUAUGUUGGAGCUGUUCUUCUAUCCUGUGCAGGAUCAGAUGUAUCGAGACAAUUUUCCAAAAGCAAGCAGAUCGCUGACCGAAAUGAGAAAGCACGCCGUAUCUCUGGUGCUUGUAAACAGUCAUUUCAGUUUAAGCUUCCCUCGGCCUUACCUCCCGAAUAUGGUAGAAAUUGGAGGUUUCCACGUCAACCGGAAGGUUAAUCCUCUGCCUACGAACAUUCGUAACUUCAUCGAAAAUGCUACCGAGGGAGUCAUAUAUUUCUCCAUGGGUUCCAAUCUGAAACCCUCAAUAAUGGAACCCGAGAAAAGAGACGCUUUUCUUCGAGCCUUGGCUAAGCUAAAACAACGAAUCAUCUGGAAGUGGGACGAUGAAACCCUCGCCUUGGAUAGUGACAAAUUCCUGCUCGCAAAAUGGCUACCUCAAGAUGAUAUCCUUUCACAUCCCAACGUCAAACUGUUCAUUACCCAUGGAGGUUUGCUGAGCUGCACUGAGUCGAUCCACCAUGGUAAACCGAUUGUUGGAAUCCCAAUUUUUGGUGAUCAGUUGCUGAACAUGCGUCGUGCCGAAUUAGCCGGAUGGGGAGUUGCUGUGGCCUACAGUGAUGUUACGGAAGAAGCCCUCGGGCAAGCGUUAAACAAAGUCCUCAAUAACAAAAAAUACUCCGAAAAUGUUCAAGCAAUCUCGAAACGGCUUCGGGAUCAACCUGUGCCACCGAUGGAUUUGGCCAAAUAUUGGGUUAACUACGUUCUCCGACAUGAGGGUGCCGACCAUCUGAAGUGCUCCUCCCAACAUCUCAGCGUGAUUGAAUAUCAUAAUUUGGACGUGUUUACAUUUUUGAGUGCAAUCGUUGGUGCCGUAUUAUAUGUGAUAGUUAAAUGUUUUCAAAAGGUGCGAAAGUGCUUUAGUGGAAAGAGUAACCAUAAUAAAAGAAAAAUCAAUUAGUUCGUGUGACUUGUUUGUGUAAAAUAAAUGUUCUAAGUCCAACAUUAUAACUUUGAAAAUUGUAUCUUAUUAACUUGAACAGUAAGAUCCGGAUCCGUUGUGGAAAAAUCAACUCUCCCUCACACCAUUGCAUUGAUCUAUGAUUACAGCAAUUGCAGGGAACCUUAGGUUACGAUAUGUAUUUUCUUAGCUCGGCUUUGCUAACCGAUUAACAAUAAUGAUACAGAUUGCUUAUGAUACUCAUCGUGAUAAUCUUAUGGACAUCAGAUAAUAUGUUCUUUGCUGGUGAUGAGUAUGAAAAUUUUUACAGAUUGCUUCCAAUUCUACAGUAAGUACCAGGCCGGACAAAUCAGAGCUAUUUUAUCUAAAAACCUGUCAAAAUCCGGGCAUUUGAUUUCAAA